AUGCCCCUCGAUAAUGCCACCACCGGGCUCACCGGUCAACUGAACCAACCCGUGAACCAAGUCCAAUCAACAACCACUGGAGCGACCAAGAACGUAAAACCGAGAAAGCUCAACCGAACAACGAGAGACCUGACCGAGCCUGUCAUCCCCGGCGAAUUCCCUUCGGACGACGCUCCUCCAAAGGAAGAAAAAGUCGAUGGCGAUGUCUCAUUCUCGGGGAUAUGGGCGACCAUCACGUCAUGGGCUUCCACUCUAUUUCCUCAAGCAUUUGACGCCUUCGAGUCUUGGGUCCGAUAUAUGGUCUCCAAGUUACUUCCUCCGCCUCGACAAGCUGCGAUGUACGAAGCUGCGCUUAAGCGCCCUGCUGCGACGACCUUUAUCGUUUGUCAGAUGAUAUGUUGUGGUGUGCCUUUGUUGGUAUUCCUCGCUGGUGUGUUUGUCUUUGCGGCUGUCUCGAUAUUGCUCUGGGCGGUUCUGUCGCUGCUUAUUCUCGGUCCUGUGUUGCUGGUUACUAGUAUGAUGGGUGUUUCGCUUUGGGGUUGGGGCUGGGUCUUCUAUGGUUUAGUUAAAUGGGUUGAUCAAAAGUUCUUGGGUGGGAUGAUUACGCGCUUCUGGCUUCCUCAGACGCAGGAGGGCGAGGAAGGAGAGGGUGGAGAGGGUGGAGAGGAACAGUCCCAUGAAGAGAAAAAGGCAGAGUAA